AUGCGAGAACAGUACAUGAGAUCGGGUGAAGGCUUUCUAUUAGUAUUUUCGGUAACGGAACGUUCGAGCUUCGACGAGAUCUUUAAAUUUCACAAACAAAUCUUAAGGGUAAAAGAUCGAGAUGAGUUUCCAAUGCUUAUGGUCGGAAAUAAGGUCGAUCUGGAACACCAACGAGUGGUCUGGCAGGAGGAAGCGCAAGCGUUGGCCCGACAACUAAAAAUUCCUUAUAUGGAAUGUAGCGCGAAGAUGAGAAUGAACGUUGACAAUGCGUUUUACGAAUUAGUACGCGUAGUUCGUAAGUUUCAACUAUCGGAACGACCACCUCUUAAACCGAAUUACAGUAAAAAAAAUAAGAAAAAGUGCUGUGUGCUUUAA